AUGGCAACUCCAGAAGGCACAGACCCUGUACCUUCAAAUCGUCGCAAGGCAUGUGAUUUAUGCUUCAAGAAAAAGAUCAAAUGCGACAUGCUAAAGCCCGACUGUUCGAAUUGCAUACUUUACAAUACGACUUGUCGCACCAGUCCCAUCGGGCGCAAGCCCAGUUCGACAAAGGGUAGAAUAGCCAAACAACAAUCAGAAAACAAUCGCUCAGAAGGUCUUGAAGCUCGGCUGAAGCGUAUAGAAGAGCAUCUGGAGCAGGUUCUCAACGCUGCUAAAGACGCCCAUGCCGCUAAACCGCCAACAUGUUCACCAGAGAGCCAUUCUAGCAUUGGCGAUGCAUCAGAUUCCGUUCCCAGCAAGGGCGGAAUCGACGAAGACCUGGCGAAACUAGGUGUUUAUUCCUGGAAGUUCGAUCCUGUUCGCCCAGUUGUCUACGAAGGUCCCCAACCAAACUCACUCGACCUUCCUCCUCUCGAGGAGGUUCUCCCGAUAGCGAACCACUACUUUUCCACCUUCAACACUGUCAUCCCACUCUUCCAACAACCGGUGUUUAUGAAACUUCUUAGAUCAUGGUACAAUCAACCGAAUACGCGCAACAGAGCAAGGUGGGCAGCUAUCCAAUGCGUCUUGGCAAUCGGGUACCGCACGCCUCAACUUUCUCUUACGGAUAGCCAAGUGGCCCAGGUUGAAAAGGCAGACCAGUGUUUGCGGAAUGUUCAAAGUGUCGUAUCAGAACUUGUCACGCGCGAGGACGAUCUACUCGGUGUCCAGGUUUUGCUGGGUAUCGUGAUGCUGUUUCAAAACAGUCGUGAUCCGAAACCUGCGGGUGUCAUUAUUGGGACAGCGUUGCGGUUGGCGCAUAGAUUGCGAUUACAUUCGCAAGAAGCGGCGAUGAGCUUUCCCGCUGCCGAAGCGGAACACCGAUCACGAGUGUUUUGGAUUGCGUAUGUUCUGGACAAGGAUAUUAGUCUAAGAGGAAAUACACCUUCUUGUCAAAACGACGAGGAUAUCGACAUUCCGUUACCCACUAUCGCACCAGCAGAUAGUGCAGGGUUGGUAUGGACGCAAAACGGUCAAAUACAUUUUAACUACCACCGACGACGUGUCGAACUUGCCUAUAUAGAAGGCAAAGUCUACGAUCUCCUCCACUCCAACCGCGCCAGUCGAAUCACACCCCAAGAGCGUCAAAUACGAAUAGCGCGCCUCCAAUCCAUGCUUGAUCAGUGGUAUGAGCGUAUCCCGCAGGCGUUCCAUAUCGAACACGUUGCUGCGACUGUUGGGCCGAGUCAGCUUGUGCAGAUGACUAAGAUGCAUCAUGCAUUCUUGCUGACAGAGGUCAUGAUACACGGCAUUUAUAGUUAUAACAAGGAUUGGCAGAAGAGGAUAAGUUCCUUUGGGAGAGACACUAUAUCUGGAGGAGAUCAAAAUGGUAUAAGCAAAGAACAGGCGCCUCUGCCAGAGGGGUGGAAUCAGUGCGUUGAUGUAAGCAGGGGAUGUAUGAAGUUGUUCCAGGAAGCAACACCGACAGAGUGUCUGAUAUGGCAAUGCAGUUACUCCCACUUCUCAGCUCUGAUAGUCCUUCUCGCCAACAUGAUUCUCAACCCAGGCCACAAAUCAAUACACACAGAUCAGCACAUAUCGAUAAAAGCACUCGACCUAUUCGACAAACUCCUCAAAAUUAUAGAUGAUGAAGCAUUUAGAGCACUGCGCUCUGUCGUCGGGGAUCUGAGUCAACGAGCGCAAGAAGCAGUGGCGGCGCAUCGACAAUAUCUCAAAAGUUUGGGCAAGGAUAUUUACGAGCCUAUCGAUGUUGAAGAGGCGCUUGUGCAGGAGCUUGACUAUUUACCCACUGAUAAUGGGCUUGAGAAUAUGGAUGGGCCAUUUGCCGGGCUAGAAUCGGGUGUGGACUUUGAUGUUUUUGGGUUUAGUCAGGAUGGGACUGGGCAGGGUUUUGUAGAUGGGGAUACGAAUACUUGGUUUUUACCCGGAUGA